UCCCAUCACAGCACAUGUGGUGGUGGACAUGUGUUGUCAUUUGUCCCAAAGCCAGAACCACAGCUGUUAGGACAACACCUCAAACAGUAUCUAAACCCUCUGUGUCAGAAACUGCUUGGGACAUUUAGGGGACACGAGCUGUGUUGUUUCAUUGUGGAUACACCUAACAAAGCAACAGCCAUAUAGGCUUUACAGGAGCAAUGGAUUCUCUUCUGUCCAAACAGAUUCAGUGCUCUGUGUGUUUGGGGGAUUUCACAGAUCCAGUGAGCUUGCUGUGUGACCACACGUUUUGCAGACAGUGUAUCAGCAGUCAUUCCCACAGCAGCCGGCUGAGAUUGUGUCCGGAAUGCCGCAGACCCUACACCAUGUGGGAUCUUCGAUCCAACCGGGUCUUAAGGAAUAUGGUGGAUGCGGUGAGGGAACAUUUGACCGAACAACAAGCCCAGAGGGACAUGGUUGCUUCUGGAGCACACAGCGGAGCCAUGAGACUGUUCGAGGAACCCGAGAAGCUGGUGUGCUCCGAUCAUAAGGAGAGACUCAAGCUCUUCUGUGAGACAGAUCAGAAACUAGUGUGUCUGAUCUGUAGGGAUUGUGUGAAACAUCAAGGACACAUGUUCAAACCUGUGGAGGAGGCCGCAGAGCCCAGGAAGAAUUCGUUGUUAGAACCCUUGAGUUUCCUCUCAAAGGAGAAUGAAGACAUGGAGGCCCUUAUGAAGAAACAGACUCACGAGAUCUCUAAAACUGAGGAGAGAUCCAGACAGCUCUCUGCCCACAUCUCUGCUCAGUUUGAGGAGAUGCAUCAGUUCCUGAAGAAAAAAGAAGAGGAGGUAAAGAAACUGUUGGAGAAAGAAGAGAAGGACAUGGUGGAAAAGAUGAAGAGAAACAGAACAGAAAUAGAGGAGAAACUGAACGAUGGAAGAGAGAAAGAAGCAAUUCUACACUCGGUCUUAGAGACGAAUCAGCCAGAUGGGUUUCUGCAGUGGUGGAUCGAGAAAGGGAUGGAAUUUGUUGAAGAAAUGAAAGAUGAAGAAAACCACAAUGAUGAAAAUAAUGAAAGUGUUUCUCAAACAACACAGUUCAAAUCAGCGGUGAAAGAUCUGAACGUGACACCUAAUACUCUGUUUCUUGGCCUUCGUGAAACUCACUUGCAGUUCACUGUGUGGAAAGAGAUGUUGGAUUCCAUUAAACCAGUCCCUGAUCAUAAUGUCAUAUAUGACUGUCACGACCCGUACCUGCGGGUCUCCACGGAUAGCCGCUGCGUCGUCCGCACGUCCAAAAAGGGGAUUUUUUUGCGUCACAAGGACUACAGGCCUGUGGCAAGAACCCAUAAAACCUUUCAGUCAGGACAACAUUACUGGGAAGUGGAUGUAGGAGGGAAGAUAGACUGGAGCGUGGGCUUUGAUGGCGGAUGUAUAAGUAACUUGAACAAGGACAUUGGACUUCACCUUAAGCAUGACCGAGGAUACAGCAUCAAAGAGUACGACACAGAGAAAGAGAUAGAUCUGACAGUGAAACCACAAAGGAUAGGGCUGUACCUGGACUGUGACAGGUGUCAGGUGUGCUUUUAUAAUGCGGAUGAUAUGACAUUACUGCACACCUCCACAUACCCUUGUGCUAUACCGUACUCGCUCAGCCUCUCUCCAGGUGCUUAUCUUGCCGGGAAGAAUGCUGAUCCACUAACAGUUACCUGGAACUGACUGAAAUGGAGAACAAUCAGACGGUUAUUUAAGAUGGUGUAGUUACCAAGAUAAGAAAAGCCUGUUGUAUUUGUUCUCAAAUGUGCUAUUCAGCGGGUGAUGGUUUUAAAGGUGCAGUGUAUAACAUAUAUAAUGAUCUUACAGAAAUGCAAUAUAAUAUCCAUAACUAUAUUAUCAGUGGUGUAUAAAGACAUUACAUAAUGUUUUUUUUUUUUACCUUAGAAUGAGCUGUUUUCUACAUACACUGCGGGUCCCCAUACAUGGAAGUCGCCAUUUUGUGC